AUGUAUUAUUUAAGACCUCUUCUUAUAUCUCUGAGUGCUGCCACAGCCCUGGCGGUGACCUCAACUUCCACUGCUGAAAUAACAUCCAUCACGGGUUGCCAUACCCAUAGAACGGAUAUCUAUUGCAUUGACGGAAAUGGUCUGGAAGUCUCGGUUUCAGCGACAGCCACACCAACGAGCGGGGUCCCAGCCAAAUAUACCGGAUGUCACUCCCAUGGAAGCGAGACAUACUGCAUGGAUACAGAUGGCAACGAGGCUUUGAUCGUGGAAGAGGAAGCAGAUCAUACUGAUACUGAACAUGAAGAGAGUGAGCAUAGUCAUAGCCACGAGGAGUCCGAGGGAGAAGCAAAGACAAACUGCCAUUUCCAUGCCGGUGUUGAGCACUGCGUGGGCGAAGGCGAGUCGGAAGAAAGCAGCCACGAAUCAUGCGGCAUCCAGACUAGAGGCUACAACGUGCCUCUUCGAAUCGGAACACUCUUCGUGGUCCUCGUAACCGGUGCAAUUGGCGUCUUUGCUCCGAUUGUGUUGUUGAAGCUUCCAUUUGCAGCUGUCAAUGCUGUUUUCUCGACCGUAAUCAAACAAUUCGGAACUGGUAUUAUCCUCGCGACUGCUUUUGUCCACUUAUACACGCAUGCAAACCUUAUGUUCACCAACGAAUGUAUGGGCGAGCUCGAUUACGAAGCCACUACUUCCGCCAUCGUCAUGGCCGGCAUAUUUCUUGCCUUUUUAUUCGAGUAUAUCGGUCACCGCGUUAUUGCUGCUCGUGAGAGUAAAGAAUGCACAAAAGAGACCCAUGAAACUCCUCACAAGGACGCACCUCCUCCGCAAGCCACACUGGCCCAUCUCGGGCACUCGCACGGUGCACCACACGAUCCCACAAAGCCCGACACCAAGUUUUCUGUACUUGUCAUGGAAGCCGGUGUUAUAUUCCACAGCAUUCUCAUCGGCCUAACUCUGGUAGUCGCCGGUGACUCUUUCUACAAAACGCUCUUGGUGGUGAUCGUCUUCCAUCAGUUCUUCGAGGGACUGGCUCUAGGUGCUCGCAUCGCGACGCUUCCCGGGGCCAUCUUGCCAUCCAAAGCGAUUAUGGCAGGAAUAUUUGCUUUGAUCACACCCAUAGGCAUGGCGAUUGGACUGGGAGUGCUGCACACAUUCAAUGGGAAUGAGAAAAGUACUUUAGUGGCUCUGGGAACUUUGGACGCGCUAUCUGCGGGUAUCCUUGUAUGGGUUGGCGUUGUCGACAUGUGGGCACGAGACUGGGUGAUUGAGGGAGGCGAGAUGUUGAAUGCUAAUCUAACAAAAGUGUUGACUGGAGGACUGUCUCUGGUGACAGGGCUCGUUUUGAUGGGGCUACUUGGUAAAUGGGCGUGA